AUGGCCUCUUCAACAAAUCAAAUUUUCAUUUCCGUGCUAUUCUUAUUUCUUUUUGUUCUCAAAACGUCGGCAUCAUUAGAAAACCAUUCGUCCACCGAUGGACUUUUACCAUUUUCAGCUAAACAUGUUACUAUUGUUAACAAAUUGGUCUCACAUGCAAUGUUGAUUUUGCAUUGUAGAAACAAAGGGGAUGAUUUAGGAGUAAUAAGACUCAACUGGAAAGAUAGUUUUGAUUUCAGGUUUCGUGUCAAUCUCCGUAAAACAACAACGUAUACAUGCAGUUUCGAGUGGCCCAACAGCACAACUACGUUUGAUAUUUUUAGAGCAGAUAGAGAUGACAAUCCAAAAGGUGUAUCUGGAGUCUGCCAAGAAUGUAUUUGGUAUAUUACCGAGGCAGGUCCAUGUCGUAUUAGACGUGAUGGCGGCCUGCCUCAGUGUUUUCCAUGGGCUUCUUAG